GCAGGUUGUGUUCCGGGUAACUCUGGCUUUAUGUUGCAGGUUGUGUUCAGGUACACUCUGGCUUUAUGUUACAGGUUGUGUUCAGGUACACUCUGGCUUUAUGUUACAGGUUGUGUUCAGGUACACUCUGGCUUUAUGUUACAGGUUGUGUUCAGGUACACUCUGGCUUUAUGUUGCAGGUUGUGUUCAGGUACACUCUGGCUUUAUGUUGCAGGUUGUGUUCAGGUACACUCUGGCUUUAUGUUGCAGGUUGUGUUCAGGUACACUCUGGCUUUAUGUUGCAGGUUGUGUUCAGGUACACUCUGGCUCUGUUUAAAUACAAAGAGGACGAGAUCCUGAAGCUCCGGGACAGCGUGGAGAUCUACCAGUACCUACGCUUCUUCACCAAGACCAUCUCCGACGGCCGGCGUCUGAGCAGCAUUGCGUUCAGCGACAUGAACCCGUUCCCCGGCCGGCUGCUGAGGAACCGGCGAGCGCUGCAUCGGGAGCGCGUGCACGGCGAGCUGAAGGAGCUCGAGGAGCAGCAGAGACAGUUCGCCGCCGAGGACGCCGCCGAGGACGCCGCCGAGGACGCACGCCGCAAAGACAAAGGCCUGGACGCCGCUAUCAGCGAGGACGACGACGAAGUCUGAGACAUUUAGUUGUGAUGGUUCAGGUUCAGGUUCAGGUUAGGGGAAUGCAUUAUAUCAAUGAUGGGUCCCCACAAAGAUAGUGAGACGCACUAUGUCUGUGUGUGU